GCGCAUGUGCCGAGUGGCGCGUGCGCGUUACCAUGGUAGCCAGACAGGCUAGCUGCGGGCUCUAGUCGCUGAGAUCUCAAAAGUAUUUCUGCGGCGCCCCGGCGCGGGUGCUGCUUCAGAGCCCUGGUUACGAUCUGCUGAGCCCAGCCUCCGCUCUCUGUGGGGAGGGGCCACCCAGCCGGGGUCUUACUUUAGGAGCCCUCCCAUGGCUUCCCAGGAGAGGGUGGAGACAGUGACCAAAGGAACAGGGUUCUGGCGCUGCCCCAAGCCGGCCACUUACACCCCAGAGACCUGCGAGCUGCUCAGAGUGAUGAUGAAGGAAUCCAAACUGACAAACUUCCAACGGCGCCACAUCAUGGACACCAUGAAACGAGGAGACACUCUCCCCCUACAGUGCAGCCCAACCUCCAGCCAGAGGGUGUUGCCUUCCAAGCAGCUGGCCUCAGCCAUCUACUUGCCUCCCAUCCUGGCCGUCCGGUCCCACCUCCGGCCUGCCAGCAUGUGCCAAGCCAACGGGGCCUACAGCCGGGAGCAGUUCAAGCCUCAAGCCACCCGAGAUCUGGAGAAGGAGAAGCGAAGACUCCAAAAUAUUUUUGCCACCGGGAAGGAGCCAGCGGAACGGAAAAGAAAGCCCCCUCCCGUGCGACAGGAGAACCCAGCCCCUGAGCUGGACCGGUUUGAAGAACUGGUAAAGGAAAUCCAGGAGAGGAAAGAAUUCCUGGCUGACAUGGAGGCCCUAGGGCAGGGCAGACAGUACCGAGGGAUCAUCCUUACUGAAAUCUCCCAGAAACUACAGGAAAUGGAAGACCUUGACCACAAGAGGAGUGAGGAACUUAGGAAGGCUCUUGCCACCACUUAAUCUGCCUCUGGAGGGGUUGGGGGAGCCCAACCUCUACCAUUGGAGCCCACCCCCUUGCAAAGCAGGGUCACCCCCAGGUCAGCCCACCCACCCCGGCCUUCAGCCGUGUAAAUGGUUGUAUAGCACUGCCCCCACCUAGGGCACCCUGGACAUAGUACCCUAGAAAAUGGACCACGUCUCAGAAAAUGAGCUGAUUCUCCUUGAGACUCUGCCCAGGGAUCCCCGGUCAGCUGAGCCUCUGAGACCAGUCACAGAUACAGACACACACACACAC